UUCAGUUUUUUCAGUGAAAACUACACAGAGGAGGCUCGUCAGGUGUUGUCUCACGCAAACCAUCCUAAACUAGGGUAUUCCUAUGCCAUUGUUGGGAUCAACUUGACGGAGAUGGCGUACAGCCUCCUGAAGAGCGGUGAAUUGAAACCUCAUUUCUACAACACGGUACCGGGCACUCCUGAGCUCCGGCAAUUCCAUCAGCUAUACUGUUAUCUGGCGUAUGAAUUUGAUAAAUUCUGGGUGGCAGAAGAACCAGAAAGCAUCAUGCAGUUCAAUCAGUACAGAGAGAAGUUCCACACCAUAGUUAAGACCAAUCUACAGGACCCUGAUGUAAACCUCACAUUGACUGCCUGCUCUAAAAACUAAUGUAUUAAUCCAAACAAGUUUUUGGGAAAUAUUCCCUCACCUCUCCGUCGCCCCUGACGAUAUUUAAAGGAGAUGAGGAAGACACAAAUCUGGUAGCUCUCACAAAAACAUAAAUCUCCUUUAUAGUUGUUUUUUUGGUUCAUAAGUCGUAAAAUACAGCACAAAUCCAACGCCUUUACCUCACAAAUGUCCAUUCCUGAGAUGAACUCACAUUUAUAAAUGGGAAAUAAGAGCUUCUUCAGACUGUAGAGGUAACAGGGCUGCCUUCAUGAGGAUGUAUUGCAUUUUCAGUCAGCGAGCAGCCAAACUCUUCCGGUAAAGAUGGUUAUUUAAUAAAUGGUGAUUAACUGCCAUAUUUGUAGCUUUCUUUUUUGUAUUCAAGUAAACAAGAAAGUUUGUUCUCACAGUUGUCCCACUCAGGAAGUGGAUUCGUUUGGUGCAUGUUUUAAUGUUGAUGGCAUCUGUAUUCUAUAAUAUAGGUCAAUUCAAAAUGGUUGUUUUCAAAACUGCAUUUUUGUUUUGCUGUGACUUUCUUUUGAGGAAAGUAUGUAAUAGUUAAAACAUCUGACUCAAAGUUAAUAAAUACAUGUUGUAAUGUUUUAAAAUGUA